GAAGAAGAAGAAGGUUACUUUGAGGCUUCACUUAUUUGCGUCAUCACGCAACAUGAGCUGUUGACGUAAAGAAUCAAGGUCUUUCAUCCCGCACACGUAAAAGUCCUGUUACUGAAUAUUUUUUAAUUCACCAGUCGGUUUUCCCUUCCUGCUUAUGCUGCCAUGAGUGCUUUGUGUGGGGUGAGCCGCAGAGGAGUGAUGUGCUGCCGGAAUCUGAGCCGUUUCCUUGCCGGACAGAAGGAUGCGUUCGCGUCGGCUCCUGUUUUCCGGACCUCCAGCUCGGCCAGCUCCGUCAACUUGUCCUAUGAUGUCUUCGAUGGGAAAGGAGAGAGCACUCCACUGGUUUUUCUUCACGGUCUUUUUGGCAGCAAAUCUAACUUCUACUCAAUAGCAAAGUCUUUGGUACAACGCACAGGCAGAAAGGUGCUGACUGUUGAUGCCCGUAACCAUGGCAAAAGUCCCCACAGUCCAGUGCUGACCUAUGAAGCAAUGUGCAGUGAUUUGAAACACCUCCUGUCCCAGCUACAUAUCGAGAAGUGUGUCCUCAUCGGCCACAGCAUGGGGGGAAAAACAGCCAUGAUAAUGGCCCUGAUCCAGCCCAAUUUGGUGGAGAGGUUGGUUGUCGUGGACAUCAGUCCAUCUCAGUCCAGCGUGCGUACCAACCUCCACCGUUACAUCGAAGCCAUGCAGAAGGUCAAUAUUUCCAGAGACAUCCCACGUUCUACUGCCAGACGAAUGGCUGAGGACCAGCUACGCACUUUUGUCGAGGAACACUCGGUGCGUCAGUUCCUCCUGACUAACCUGGAGGAGCAGAAUGGUCACUACUCUUGGAGAGUCAACUUGGACGCCAUCUCAGCGAACCUCAAUGAGCUGAUUAGUUUCCCCGACUUUGACACAAGUUAUGACGGGCCUACGCUGUUUUUGGGUGGAGCCAGUUCUGCUUACAUCAACUCUGAAGAUUACCCAACAAUCCAGAGGUUGUUCCCCUGCGCCGACAUCCAGUACAUCCCAGAUGCGAGCCACUGGAUCCACGCAGAUAAACCUUUAGAUUUCAUCAGCUCAAUCAUCUCCUUCCUCCAGUCCUAGCUUCAUCCUGCUGUCACCUAAAACAUUGGUUUUGUGCUCGGCGGCGUCUUUAAUGGAGCCUUCGCUUGACCUAAAGGUGACCACUCAGCAGCCUCAGCAAGACGCAUCAUUAACGAUGCUCAUAAUUGCCAACACUGGACCAAAUACACCCCUUGACCUGUUCACAAUAUAUAAUAAUACUGUAAUGGACAGCAGCUUUUUGUUUUGCUUGAUUUGUUGGAUUGUAGGUGUGUUUAUUUUUGUAGAUUGGCAGGUAUUCAAAAACAAUGAAAAUAUUUACAUUUUAAUAUAUGAACGAUGCUUCGGAUGUGUGUACUAAUCCAAAGAAACUGACUUGCACAACCAUUGAUGCUGAAUAUAUUAAUGCCAGUAUAAUUCACAUGUAUGUAUAUUAAAGUUUAGAUGUUAGAGUAAUGAAAGCAAACGCUCUAUUAGCUGAGACUACAUUCUUACAGAUACUGUCGGGGAAGAAUUUGCAAACUAAAACAGUGUGUGUGGUAUCAUAUGUCAGGAUACUCACAGCUCUGUAGAUGCUGUAAUGCCAACUUUGUGUUUAUAGUUGGUUUGUUUUAGAAACUAAAGGUCUUGUUAAUAAUACUGCUUUGUUAUAGCCCUGCCCACCCAAACAAGGUAUCAGCGAGGUAUAUAGUCCAAACAUUUGCCACUAUACCUCCAAGACUUUUAAUGCCAUGCUAACCAAAUUUUGUACAUGGGUUGUUCCAUUGGCGUCAAUGAUUGCCAUCGCAACAGUGACCUAAUUUGUAUUUUAAUUAGGAUAUGAAGCAAUUUCGUGCAAGAUCAUAUGAGCCCAUAAACACCUUCUACAACUAACCCCAUUGCACUUGUCAGCUACUAGCUCACCUUUCUAUUUAGGUUAUGAGGUGAUACCCUUGUACACAGAUCUGAGGGGGCGUUUGCUGCUUCACAGCUUCUUGGUCAGUAUUUCAAUCUGGAGCUAUUGUCUUCUUUUCUUAUACCCUCUCUAUAUGUCGAGGUUGAGGAAUUUCUUUCAGUUAUUCUUUUACAACUCUGUUGUUCUUAUGACAGCAUCACAGUGUACAAACAACAAUCGAAAAUACUCACAUAGUAUUGCUAAGUGUUUCCUGACCCUCUCAGGAUAAAUGUUACUAUACUUGCUUAUCGCUGUGUGGUAACGCUGUAGUGUAUUUUAGUCUAAUGUUUUGAUGAAACAUGUUUGAUCCCACAUAUCUUCAUAUGUAAAGCUCGUGGCUGUAUGGGUCUUCUACAAAUGUAUGCUGCAAUAAUGUAUGUUCUUAUGUAUUCGUAACAGUGUUUCUGUUUUAACGGGUUUGAACAGUACACGUCUGGUAAAACUGCCAUGUUUGUGUGAAUAAGCAGGGUGUUUAAAAAGUUGUAUGUGCCUCUUUUGUCUACAGCUCUUGUUUCAUCGCUGCAAAAUUUGUUAAAACCUUGUACUCAAGACUAUUGUUGUGAAGUGGCGGCUGGGUUCCCUGUUCUACAUGAACUAUAAUACCUGCCAAGUAUAUAUGGAGCUUGAUGUUUACGUCUAUUAUAAAAUCAACAAAAUUGGGUAAAAAUGUGUUUUAUUAAUUUUACAAGUUACAGUUUUAAACCGGUAGUCCCUUAGACAGGUUUGUCUUGUUACACGUUUUUAAAUGGAUUGUUUUUGGUAACAUUUGAAUGCAGGCCCCCUUGGUGCAAAAAAAAAAGAAAAAGACAUAUAACUUUAACAAUACAGCAAAGUGAAUUUAUGAACCGUUUUUAGCCUGUAACCCUCACUUAAGCAUUGUGAAUUGUUGAUUGUGAACAUGCUGUUUUUUUGUUUUGUUUUGUGUGUGUGUUUUUUGUUUUUCCUCACCAACCCUUUGUGAGUUUUCUUGUGUUGACAGUGUUACCACAGUGGUGGUGUUAUGUAGGUGUAAUAAUUCUAAUUAUUUGAAA